CUUUGAAGUGAGUAGCAGUGCCCUAACUUUAAAAGUGGAGUGAUAGGGCCACUUAUAGCCCUGGCAGAUACAGCCAUGGCGACUGCGAAAAUGAAGAUGAUUCUGCCGCUGGUCGUUUGGACAACAUGGCUUCAUACAACGACUGCCCAGUCCUUCGGAGGGAUUGGAUUUGGUAUUAAACGAGAAGUGUUUUUCUUAAAUUUAGAGGACGGAUAUUUUGGAUGUCAAGUUAACGAAUCGACGGACGUUUUGCAAUUGUUCGAAUUAUCGAAGUUAUGUGACGGGACUCCGAACUGCUUUCUAGGCUCCGAUGAAUUAACCAAAGAACUGAAAUGUACAGAUACUUGCCGAAAAGAAGACGGAACUGAGUGUCAGAACGGAGCCUGUCUAGAUGGCCUUUGCCAUUGCAACGAUGGAUAUGGUGGCUGCAGUUGCGAAGUUCCAGAUGAAAACGAAUGUAAAUAUAGGCCGUGCGAUGUAUUCGCGCACUGUACAAAUACUCUGGGCAGUUUCUCCUGUACGUGUUUCCCAGGAUAUCAGGGAGAUGGUUUUCAUUGCGAAGACAUAAACGAGUGCGAAGAUCCUACGAUAGCUGCCAGAUGCGUGGAAAAUGCAGAAUGCUGCAACUUACCGGCACAUUUUCUUUGCAAAUGUAAUCCCGGCUUCCAAGGAGAUGGAGAAAAGCAAUGUCUUGACAUUGACGAAUGUGCGAAUCCAAAUGCAUGUGGACAGAAUGCCUUAUGUCAGAAUACUCCUGGAAAUUACACCUGUGCAUGCCCAGAAGGUUUCUUCGGAAAUCCCUUCAAUGGUUGCGUGGAUAUUAACGAAUGCGAGAAUCAAAAUGUUUGUGGACCUGGCGCCAUCUGCAGAAAUGUUAUUGGAGGACGGGAGUGCUUCUGUCCACCUGGUUAUGAAGGGGAUCCGUACACCACAGGAUGUGGAGACAUGGAUGAAUGCUCAAGAAGAAACCCUUGCGGUAGAGAUGCUCAGUGCACCAAUUUGGAGGGCAGCUUUAAGUGCGCUUGCCCUCCAGGGUUCAUUGGAGACCCCAUGAUCGAAUGCACAGACAUUAACGAAUGCCAAUCGAACCCCUGUGCUGCAACCGCUACCUGCGUCAACACUAACGGAAGUUAUUCCUGCUUGUGUCCCGAAGGAUACACAGGAUCGGCUAAUGAAGACUGUGUUGAUAUCAAUGAAUGUGGGAGGUCAGGAGCUUGUGGAAUAAACGCGAAAUGCAUUAACGUACCUGGCUCCUUCAAAUGCAUAUGUCCCCAAGGGUUUACGGGACAGGGACACACUUACUGCGAAAAUAUAAACGAAUGCGAAACAAAUCCAUGCGGAGAAAACUCUGUUUGCAAAGACACGGUAGGCAGCUAUACGUGCUUAUGCAAAGAAGAUUACACGGGAGAUCCUUUCAAAGAAUGCGUAGACAUUAAUGAAUGUACUGCUCUGGAGAAACCGUGCGGUACACACGCUAUUUGCGAAAACGCUGUGCCUGGAUACAACUGCAUUUGCCCCCAAGGCUACAGAGCCAGCCCUACCCCACAAGUUGCCUGCGAACAAGUUGAUGUUAACAUCCUUUGCAAAUCGAAUUUCGACUGCACAAAUAAUGCCGAGUGUAUAGAAAACCAGUGCUUCUGCCAAAAAGGUUUCACACCCAAAGGUGCAGUCUGUAUUGACGUAGACGAGUGUAAGGAACAACCUUGCGGGCCAUUUUCAGUCUGCACCAACUCACCCGGUAGCUUCAACUGUGAAUGUGAAAACGGUUACAUUGGCACUCCUCCAAUGGUCCAGUGUAAAGCGCCUUGCGCGGAUGUCAAUUGCGGACAUCACGCUUACUGUAAACCUGACGGCCAGGAAGCUUACUGCAUCUGUGAAGAUGGGUGGACUUUUAAUCCUAGCGAUAUAUCAGCAGGUUGCAUUGAUAUCGACGAGUGCGAUAAAGUGAAUGGCCCAAGUGGACGAUGUGCCGAAAAUGCAAUCUGUACCAAUUUACCCGGUACUUUCGCCUGUCAAUGUCAACCUGGCUUUUCGGGAAAUCCGAACUCAAAAUGUAUUGAUAUAGACGAAUGUAAAAGCAAUCCUUGCGGACUUGGUGCUAUUUGUCAAAACACUCCAGGCUCUUAUCAAUGCGAAUGUCCUGAAGGCACUGUCCCAGAUCCCGAUCCAAAAUUAAAAUGUAAUGAAAUCGUUACAUGCAGCAGUGACUCUGACUGUCCCGGCAAUUCUGUCUGCGACUAUAAGAAAAGAUGUCUGUGCCCAGAACCUAACAUUGGCAACGAUUGCAGGCAUCCGUGCGAAACCACUAUAUGUGGACCAAACGAAGAAUGCAUGCUUAUCAACCAAGAGGCUAAGUGCAUAUGCACCACAGGUUACACCGGUUCAAAUAGUGGUUGUGUAGAUAUAGACGAAUGCUUGGGAAACCCUUGCCCAUCUGGAGCCAUCUGUAAGAAUGAACCUGGUACAUUCUCCUGCGAGUGUCCAGGAGGCACGACUGGAGACCCCUACAGAUCCGGCUGUAGUAAAACUGACAUUCCUUCGGGUUGUUCAGACGCAAAUCCCUGCCCUGCUGGGGAACAGUGCAUCUUAGAUGAAUAUCUAGAAGAAAGUGUAUGUAUCUGCGUCCAAGGCUACGUUAGAGAUCACAAGACGGGCAAGUGCAGAGACAGUGACGAAUGCACGGAACUUAGAGAUAAACCGGCUUGCGGAAUUAAUGCUAUUUGUAAAAAUUUACCUGGCAGCUACGACUGCCAAUGUCCACCAGGAUUCAACGGCAAUCCUUUCUUGGAAUGUCUUGAAUGCAACAGCCCCGACUGUCGCUGCCAACCUCCCUACAAAUUCAGUGACGGUAACUGUGUCCUUGCUAGCUGUGGACCUGACGGUACGUGCCCCAGCGGGGCGGAAUGUAUUACCAUAACAGGCGGUGUCAGCUACUGCGCCUGCCCUAAAGGAUUCAAAACGCUUCCUGAUGGUUCCUGCGUGGACAUCAAUGAAUGCAUGGAACAACAGCAAAUCUGCGGUUUUGGAGCGGAAUGUACGAAUUUACCAGGGUCGUAUAAAUGCAGCUGCCCUCUUGGAUACAGCGGUGAUCCUUACAACGGACUCUGCUCCCCGGCUCAGAAAAAGUGCAUCAGUGACAAAGAAUGUUCCUCGAAUGAACGAUGCGUGCAGCCUGGUGAAUGUGUUUGCCCUCCGCCAUUCUUUAUCGAUCCCCAAGAUAGCAAAUGUAAGAGCCCCUGUGAACGUUUCCCAUGCGGUUUGAACGCAAAAUGCAAAGCCAGUGACCCUCCAAAGUGUACGUGUGAACCGGGCUUCCAAGGGGACCCCUACCUGGGUUGUGCGGAUAUAAACGAGUGCGCGGAACUACCUUGUGCCUAUGGCGCCAUCUGCUCAAACACUAACGGAGGAUACAAAUGCCUAUGUCCGAAAGGUUUCACUGGAGAUCCUUAUAAAGGGGGUUGCAUUCUAGAAACCCCCGGAGCUCCGAAACUUGAAUGCCAAUCAAACAACGACUGCGGAAGUAAUCUUAAAUGUCAAGAUGGUGCUUGCAUAAGUCCUUGCGGUGCCGUUUUGUGUGGACCACAUUCUAUUUGUGAACCGAACAAUCAUGAAGCUGAAUGCAAAUGUGUCGUGGGAUACACUGUAAAUUCUGAGGGGCAGUGUGAAUCAUUGUGCAAGGAUACCGAUUGCGCAAAUGGAGCCCAAUGCAUCGUAACUAGCAAUGGCCCCACCUGUAAAUGCCUCGAAGGCUUUAUUGGAAAUCCUUUCCCAGGGGGACAGUGUACCGUAGACAUUUGCUCAAAAGUAAAUCCAUGCGAGGAACCGAGUGUAUGUAUCGCCGGACGAUGUAAGCAAAGAUGCGAAGGAAUUAUAUGCGGAGUUGGUGCUCACUGUGACGUUAACACAAACAAAUGUGUCUGCAAUGACUUCUUCGUAGGAGAUCCAAAUCUAGUUUGUAUGCCUCCUAUUUCAAAGCCCACUUGUGAUCCGAACUGUGGAAAAAACGCUCACUGUGAAUAUGGUCUCUUGAAUCGCUGUGUUUGCAACUCGGGCACCAUCGGAAACCCUUAUGAAGAAUGUGAAAGUAUAGAGAAAAAAACAUGUACUCCCACAUCCUGCGGACAAAAUGCAGAAUGCAGAGAUAGUUACAACGGAAUUGAGUGUAUCUGUGCCCAUGGUUUUACAGGAAACCCAUUUUUGGGUUGCGAAGAUAUAAACGAAUGCAAUAACAACGCUUGUGGUGACAGCGCAGUUUGUAUCAACACAGUUGGAAGCUAUGAUUGUCGCUGUAAAGAAGGGUAUGCUGGAAAUCCGUUUAUAAUGUGUUCGCAAGUGCAGGGAGGCAUAUGUAGGGAACCCGAGAACUGCCAGUGCAGCGAUAAGCUGUUUUGUCCAAAUGGUUACUCUUGUCGAAGAGGACAAUGUAAGAAUCUUUGCGCAGACAUUAAAUGUGGACCUAAAGCGACGUGUGAGGCAGGAAAGUGUUUCUGCCCUCCUGGUUAUGUUGGAAAUCCUUCCGAUCUCAUUGUUGGGUGCAAAAUUCAAGGACAGUGCCACAGCGAUCUGGACUGCUACGAUACCGAAAUUUGCUUCCAGUUGGGUAAAGGAUUAAGAAAAUGUGUAGACGCUUGCAGUAAAGUCCAAUGCGGGCCAAAUGCUUUAUGUUUGGUUGAGAAUCAUAGGUCAUCGUGUAUCUGUUCUCCUGGAUAUAGUGGAAAUCCAAGCGAUCUGAACAAUGGCUGCCGAGAACAAGAAAGAGUUAGUCCGAAAGAAUGUGACUCUGACGCUGACUGUAAAUUUGGUACUAUAUGCUCGAUUGACAUCAGCGGGAUUCAGAAGUGUAUAAGUCCUUGUGAAACUGUGGCUUGUGGACCAAAUGAAAUUUGUCAGUUAGAUGUAGCGGGUCAUCCCACGUGCGCAUGCAGAAGUGAUUAUGUCUGGAACCCAGUAACGUCUUCUUGUGAAAAACCGUCGGUGCCAGAUUGUUCCUCCGAUACGGACUGUAAGAACACAGAAGCCUGUCAGCCAGAUGCAGUAGGUGUUCUCAAAUGUAUUCCUAUCUGUACACACUUCACUUGUCCCGAUAACGCCACCUGCAUUGCCGAAUCCCAUCGUGGCCAGUGUCAAUGUUUAACAGGAUACACUGGCGAUCCAAAGGAUCGCAAUGGUUGUAAACCUCUCGUCCAGAAUCAGUGUAAUUCGGACAGCCAAUGCCCUGAACAAGAAACUUGCAGAAAACAUAGUGAGCAUGAUGCAUUUGUAUGUAUAUCGGCCUGUAAACUUACAACUUGUGGUCCAAACGCCAUCUGUAUCGUAAAUAACCAUGUACCUCAGUGUCAAUGCCCACCCGGCUCCUAUGUAGGAAAUCCUAACGAUCCCUCCGGCUGCCAAUCAGUACCGUGCGUCUACAACAUUGACUGCCCUCCUACCCAAUUGUGUAACCGUCUAACGCAUACUUGUUAUGACGUUUGCGACGAAGAAUCCUGCGGAACGAAUGCCGUCUGCAUUGCCGAAGACCAUAAAGCUAUUUGCCAAUGUCCACCAGGCACCAGUCCCAAUCCUAUACCUGAUGUAGAAUGCCUUCCAGUAGAUGUUUGCAACCCCAAUUCUUGCCACAGCAGCGCAACAUGCAUAAAUACCCCUCAAGGUCAUUCAUGCGAAUGUCCUCCAGGUACGGUAGGAGACCCUUUCACUACAGGUUGCAGACUCGAAGGAAACUGUCCCAACGGAGAUAACGACUGCCCUCCUAAUUCAAUUUGCCAGUCGGGUCGAUGCGUAAAUCCAUGCCAUCAAGUCACUUGUGGACCUAACUCGGUAUGCAACGUUGAAAAUAGAGUAGCCACUUGCACCUGCCUUGCGAAAUACACCCCCGCUCAAACCGGCACCCAGGAGGGUUGUGUUCGAAUCGCGAUCGUCUGCACCUCUGAUACCGAGUGUGAAAAUGAAGUGUGCCGUAACGGACAGUGCAGGCCGGUGUGCCGAAAUGACGACGACUGCUCUGGCGGUGAAACAUGUCAACGGAAAGUUUGCAUAAAUCCUUGCGCCGAUCACAGCCAAUGCUCCAGAGACCAGGCCUGUGUUGAAGGCAUGUGUAUCAUAGGUUGUCGAAGCAACAAGAAUUGCCCCUCUGAGCAUGCAUGUAUAAACAACAAGUGCCAAGAUCCCUGCCAAGCCGAGGGAUCCUGUGGUCCAAAUGCUAUUUGUGCUUGCAGGAAUCAUCACACUGUCUGUAAAUGCCCUGAAGGUUUUGAUGGAAACCCAACUCCACAACAGGGCUGUAUUAGAGUCCCAACCAUGUGCCAACAAACUAACGAAUGCCCUACAGAACACGUAUGUCAACAAAAUCUAUGCUCUUUACCCUGCGAAGAAAAUUCUAUCUGUGCGAUAGGAGAAAGAUGCUACAACAAUACUUGCAUGAAGGUGUGUUACAGCGACAGCAACUGCUUACUUGGCGAGAUGUGUCGUAAAGGAGUUUGCCAACCGGGCUGUGCGGUAGACACAGACUGUAGAGUUUCACAGAUCUGUUUCCAAGGACAAUGUAAAUGUGCUUUGGGAUUCAUUGGUACGCCUCACGGCUGCGUAGACAUAGACGAAUGUGAAGACAAUCCUUGCCAUGCCACAGCUCUCUGUAAAAACCAGCCCGGAUCAUACACGUGUAUAUGUGGGGAAGGCAUGGUGGGAGAUCCAUUCGGAGAGCCAGGUUGUGCACUUCCUGGUCAGUGUCGCAAUAGCAAUAACUGCGCAGACAAUCUGGUAUGUAAAUUGGGGAAAUGCCAAGAUCCCUGUGAAGAGAACCUGUGUGGAGCCCAUGCGCUAUGCACCAUAGCGAAACAUAAACCAACCUGUUCUUGCCCGCCGGGACAUUUAGGAGACCCCUACGAUAAGCACUUGGGUUGUUUCAAAGUCGAAUGUUUAGAAGAUAACGACUGCUCUUCUAACAGAUACUGCGAUGAGAAAUCUAAUAAAUGCUUAAAUCCAUGUGAAGUUGUGAACUGCGGUAAAGGCUCAUGCAAUGCUGAAAACCAUCAAGCUAUCUGCACCUGUUUCUCCGGUUACAAAGUUGAAAACGACAGAUGCACGGAUAUCAAUGAAUGUAUCGAAUUGCAACCAUGCCAUCCAACAGCAACUUGUGUUAAUACAGGUGGCGGAUACUCCUGUGUAUGUGCCGAUGGUUUAGUUGGAGAUCCCAGUGGAACGGGAUGUCGGAAACCAGGGGAUUGCUUCACUGACGCUGACUGCUCGUCUUCCGCUUUCUGCGACAAUAACAGAUGUAAAAAUCCAUGUGACAGCCCAACGGCUUGCGGCCUAAAUGCAGAAUGUAUUCCUGUCUCACAUCAAGCUACGUGCAGAUGUCCUCCUCGUACAAGACAAGAUGCUAAUCAGAACUGUAUCACCAUCGAAUGCGUAGAUAAUAAUGACUGCCCACAAGAGAAAACUUGCUUCGACUCCAAAUGCAUUAAUCCAUGUGAACUGGUCAACGUGUGUGGUACCAAAGCAGAUUGCCUCCCAUUAAAUCAUCUUGGCGUUUGUACUUGUCAAGCAGGUACCACCGGGGAUCCACACUUAGGAUGCGUACCAGUUCAGUACUGCGCGGGUGACAAUCAGUGCCCUUCCAGUCUGAAAUGCUACAACGGUCUAUGCACUUCAGUAUGCACCUCUUCCCGUGAUUGCAUCACUGACCAGCUCUGUAUCCAAGGUUUGUGCCAGCCAACCUGCAAGUCAAACUCUUCCUGCCCUGACUACCAAUUCUGUCACAACAACAUCUGCACACAAGAGGUCAGAUGCAGAACAAACACCGACUGUGGCUCCAAAGAAAAAUGUUUAUCCAACAGCAUCGGCCAAGCUGAUUGCAUAGACGCUUGUGAUGGUGUGCUCUGCGGUAGAAAUGCGGAAUGCUCGUCGAAAAACCACAGAGCUUCUUGCAAAUGUAAGUCAGGCUUCAAAGGCAACCCCAACGACGAUAAACUAGGAUGUCAGAAAGUGGAAUGCGAAAAGAACGAGGAAUGCACCAAUGACAAGCUCUGCGAUCAGUACAUGUGUAAAAUAGCUUGUUUGGUAAACAAUCCAUGUGGGAAAAACGCCUUAUGUUCCGCUGAACACCAUAAACAAACCUGUUACUGUCAACCAGGUUUCACGGGAGAUGCUAAUGUGGGAUGUACACUAAUAGAUUUCUGCGCCGAUGAACCCUGCGGACCUGGCGCCACCUGUCUCAAUUCUCGUGGUUCCUUCAAAUGCCAGUGUCCGAGUGGCUCCAUAGGAGACCCUUAUAACGAUGGAUGUCGAGCACCACACGAAUGCAUAACUGAUAAAGACUGCCCUACCGUUGCUAAUUGCGACAGGAGUAACGGAAUCCAUAAGUGCAGAGACGUGUGCGAAAACACCUUGUGUGGCGCCAAUGCCGAAUGUAUAGCAGUCGAGCAUGUGGGACAUUGUAGUUGCCGGAACGGUUAUCAAGGAAAUCCUAAUGAUGUCAGUUUAGGAUGUACGCCUAAAUUAGUAAAUUGUAAGACCACGGCUGACUGCUCUGCAAAUACUUAUUGCUACGGCGAUAUCUGUACUUUACCCUGUGAGGCAGACAGUGAAUGUCAGCAAGACGAGAAAUGUUUGAAAGGGCAAUGUCUUAAUCCUUGCAUAUUAAAAACGUCAUGUGGGAUGAAUGCCGUAUGUGCUGUGGAUAAUCACGUCAAACAUUGCAGUUGCCCGCCAGGUUUCACGGGAAAUCAAGACAUCGAGUGUAUCAGAUUGCCUCUCCCAUGCAAUUCUAAUGGAGAUUGUGGAGAAGGAUUCAGUUGUACUGACAAUAUGUGUCAUCCCCAUUGCCAAGCAGACAACGAUUGUGCCUACAAUGAAAAAUGUCUUAAGAACAACUGCCAGUUGACUUGUCGUGUUGACAAUGACUGUUUCCUUGGUCAUAUAUGCUUCAACAACAUGUGUUUCUAUGGUUGUCACAAUGACGAAGACUGUACUAGCAGUGAGUCGUGCAGGAACAACAAGUGCGUCAACCCAUGUACCGAAAACCCUUGUGGCCCAAACGCCCUCUGUACAGUAUCCAAUCACAGAGCCACCUGUUCCUGUGGCGAAGGUUUCGUUCCCAGUCCGUCUGCUAAAGUUGCUUGCGUAAGAGCACCGGCGCAACCCUGCAAAGAAAACAGAGAAUGCACAACUGGUAAUGCUUGUAUAAAUGAAUUCUGUAGAACGAUAUGUUCCUCGGACACUGGAUGUUUGACUAAUGAGAAAUGUGAUAUUCCUUCUGGCAUUUGUAAACCCAUCUGUAGAAGAGACGGUGACUGCAGAACUGACGAGAUUUGUGAAAAUCUUACCUGCGUCCUUGGAUGCAGGAGUGAUUCCAGCUGCUCUCCUGAGGAAUCUUGUGUCAAUAACCAAUGUUUAGAAUUAUGCUCGUCGCCUACUGCCUGUGGCACAAAUGCCGAUUGUAUUGCCACCAACCAUCAAAAACAGUGUAGUUGUCCUGCACCUCUUAUCGGAAAUCCACUAGAAUCCUGUCGCUACCCCUUGAAAACUUGUUAUUCAGACAAAGAAUGUGUUACUGGCCAGGCGUGUUAUGGCGGUGUGUGUCAAGGAAUGUGCAGAACAGAUCGUAACUGCUUAGCAGACGAACGAUGCAUCAAAGGGGUUUGCAAAAGUAUCUGCAAUUCGGAUAGUGCCUGUAGUACUAGUCAGAUAUGCGAAAAUCGUCUCUGUGAGAUAGGCUGCCGAAGCGAUUCGGUUUGUCCUCAGGAUCAGGCUUGCAUCAAUAAUAAAUGUAAAAAUCCAUGUGAUUCCGAUUCCACAACAUGCGGAGCAUGUGCCAAUUGCCUAGUAAACAAUCAUGUAGCCCAAUGUAGUUGCCCAACGAACUUCUUAGGCAAUCCUCUAAUAAGCUGUACGAAAGUCGCCACCAAAUGUAAUGCCAAUUGCGAAUGCGACGAAGUCGGUUACUGUACAAAAUCGUGCAAGUCUUCUGAUGAUUGCUCAUGCGGAGAAACUUGCGUGGCUAAAAAAUGCAGAAACAAGUGCUCCGCCCAAUCGUUUUGUGCACAAGGCCAAUUAUGCACGAGAGGAGCCUGCUUGCCGGGGUGCCGAACAAGUAACGACUGUCCAAACACAGAAAUAUGUAGGAGUAGGAAAUGUCAGGAUCCGUGCAAAUCCCCCAACUCGUGCGGUAAGAAUGCCCUUUGCAGAGCAACAGACCACAGAAAAGUUUGUUUAUGUCCUGACGGACAUCAAGGGGAUCCCAACGUUCUUUGCUCUCCUUACGAAUGCAGACAAGAUGAAGACUGCGAAACGAACAAGAAAUGUGGAUCAGAUGGAGCUUGCAGAAAUCCUUGCUUGGAGCAAGGGGCGUGUGGCACUAACGCUCAAUGCAGGGUUGUGGAUAGAAAACCGUUGUGCUCCUGUCCGCCUGGCUACGUCGGAAAUGGUUUGAUUGAAUGUAAACAGAGUAGUGUCGAUGAGUGUGCGAAAAAGCCUUGUGGUGAAAACAGCAAAUGUAGGAAUAUUCCUAGUGGAUAUGAAUGCACCUGCGAUACUGGGUGCGUGGGUGAUCCUAACAAGGGAUGUGUUUGCGAAGACUUUAACUUAUGCAAAGGCAAACUAUGUGGCAACGGGGCUGAAUGUAGGGUUGUUAAUGGAAAAGAAGCGCAAUGUUAUUGCCCAGCUGACAAACCUUCUGGUGAUCCAACGAUUGAAUGUACUACUGAAAGAGUGAGCGUGUCGGAUUGUAGGACAGAGGGAUGUGGUAAGAAUUCUGAGUGCAUACGCGAACAGGCAUAUUUUGUGUGUCGUUGUUUACCGGGCUAUUCCAGCGUACCUGGGAAAGGCUGUCAGAGAGCUGCCGAAUGUAACAGUGACUUAGAGUGUCCCAAUGAAAAAGCAUGCAUCAACUUCCAAUGUAUAGACCCGUGUACUCUCAGAGGAGCUUGCGGACUCAAUGCUCUAUGCACUACUAUUCUACACAGGCCCCGAUGUUCCUGCCCAGAAUGUCAUGUGGGCAUGGCAAAUACGAUAUGCCAUCCCGAUCCAAAGUGCCUGUCAGCACAACCGAGACCAGCUAUUCCGUUAGUGUGCCGUUCGGAUUCAGACUGUUCCAAUGAACUGGCUUGCGACUUCGCGACUAGGAAAUGCCACGAUCCUUGUGAAAACCCCCUAUUUAAAUGUAGAGGCAACAAAAAAUGUGAAGUACACAGACACAGACCAACAUGUGUUUGCAAGAAAGGAUUUGUAGUAAACGAGCAAGGAGAGAUUUCUUGUGCCCCUGAUCACACCGAAUGCAAUCGCGACAGCCAGUGUCCAAAGGAUAAAGCAUGUCUUGAAGGUUUGUGUCAAAAUCCUUGCAUUGUUGCCAAACAAUCGCCGUGCCCACCUGAAAAAAGCUGUGAGGUCCUAGAUCACAAACCAAUAUGUAUAUGUCUUAAAAACUGCAGUCCAUCGCUAUCUAUAUGCCUCAGAGACAAUGGCUGUCCAGCAAACCAAGCCUGCAGAGCAUUUAGAUGCGAGGAUCCGUGCGUGACAGCAAACUGUCCAAAAGAUACCCCUUGUUAUGUUGAAGAUCACAGGCCAAUUUGCAAGUUUUGCCCUCCCGGAUUUAUAUCAGACGCGAAAUAUGGAUGUAUCAAAGCUGAAAAUGCAACUAAGGUUACCUGCGCUUCCGACAACGAUUGUACACAGACACAAUUCUGCACUGGACACACAUGCACAGAUAUUUGCACCUUCAAAUGUGGAGACAGAGCCCUGUGUGUGGCACAAAAUCACAGUGCACAGUGUUCUUGCCCUCCUGGCUAUAGUGGCAAUGCAAACAUAAAAUGUUUUCCAAUUCACUUCACUACAUCUCCUUCUGAGUCAAUUACCACUCCAUACCUCUAUCCAGUUCCCACCAAUGAAAUAUUUACAAAAGCAGACGAAACAAUUACUACUCAGUCUGUAUACUCAAUAGAAACGAAUACAAAAUUAACAACUCAUAUAAGACCUGGGAAAACUGAGACUACUCCUGAGAUGAACACAUUUCCAGAAACUACUACUAGACCCACUACACCUGCAGCAUACACAACACCAUCUGUUAAAAUGACUACUCCACCAAAAUUUUAUGAAUAUCCUGACACAGAAACAACUGCAGUUUAUACUACACCAUCUGCAAAAAUAACUACUACACCAGGAUAUCCUAAAACAGAAACAUCCGCAGUUUAUACGACACCGUCUGCACAAAUAACUACUUCAGGAUAUCCUGAAACAGAAACACCGGCAGCUUAUAUGACACCAUCUGCAAAAAUAACUACUACACCUGGAUAUUCCGGAACAGAAACACCUGCAGUUUAUAUGACACCAUCUGCUAAAAUAACUACUUCAGGAUAUCCUGAAGCAGAAACACCUUCAGCUUAUACUACACCAUCUGCAAAAAUAACUACUCCACCAGGAUAUCCUGAAGCAGAAACAACUGUAGCUUAUACUGCACCAUCUGCGAAAAUAACUACUCCACCAGGAUAUCCUGAAACAGAAACUCCUUCAGCUUAUAUUACACAAUCUACAAAUAUAACUACUAGACCAGGAUAUACUGAAACAGAAACACCUUCAGCUGAUACUACUCCAUCUGAAAAAAUAACUACUCCACCAGAAUAUUAUGAAACAGAAACACCUUUAGCUUAUACUACACCAUCUGCAAAAAUAACUACUCCACCAGGAUAUCCCGAAACAGAAACAACUGCAGCUUAUACUACACCAUCU